AUCCUGGCGAACCUUCUCCACCGUCGACCUGCCACCAGCAAGACGUUGGGCGAGCAGGGAAUCGCUGAGCUGCUGGUGAAGUUACAUCGCUGGUGCAUGCAGGGCAUCGACUUCUCGAUUCCUGCAGCAGAACGUGGGCAUCGGAUGCUUCACUUCGGCACGUCGGCUCCAGCACCCUCAGGAGUGGGCGAGCCCUUGCUGGUACCGCCUCCGUGGCUGACUCCAACAGUUGUAUGCGUGCAGCAGCUUCUGUGCCAGGCUGACCUGGUCAAGAUGCGGGAAUCCCGAGAGGCUCUGGACAAGGAGAUGCAGCAGAUGUGGGUGAGCUUGAUCCUGGAUUUGAUGUAUGCCUUUCCGGGGUUGGAUGGCACGCUGGCGCAGCCAUGCUUGCAGGUGCUUCUGCGCUUAUGCUCCGUAUCGGUGGGGGCGAAAGCCUUCCUGGCAUACCAGCAAAAUCCACAGUCCAUUGCUCAGUGCUUGGCGGGCCGUCCCGCUGCUCCUGUGGCAAUCUUAGAUCACGUAUGCCAGCCAAGAAUCGCCGCUUUUUCUCGAGAAUCAAGGAGUGUGCGGUCCUGCGGUUGUCACCUUCAAUUACUCGUAGAUCUUUUCGCCAUGGUGCGUUUGGCUUUUGAGGGCUUGCCAGAGGGUGUGCGCUCCGGUUGGCCCUUCAUUUUGCAGCCCGGCAGCAUCCAGCGCGCAACUCUUUCUUGA